UGUCAGCGUACGUGUCUUUUAUGCAUUUGACAUUGACGUAAUCCGGGUGGCUGUGUUGUUUUUUCGUUGGUUGACGUUUUCCAAGAAUAUUAAAGCAAAAUUUGAACUGAAAUAAUACGAUUUUCGCUGUGAUUCUGCUUCUUUUAGACGUCUCAUAACCAUGAGGACUUUAAGCAUAUCCAUGCUGAGCGUAAUACUCACAUCAAUAGUGAUCGCAAAUGCAUUUUACCAAAAAAAGCAGUUUUAUCCAUCUGUUGUGUAUAUCACAAAAUCCAACCCUAGCAUGGCUGUAAUAUACAUCCAAGCUUUCAUAUGCGUCUGGAUAUUCGGAAAAAUAAUGAGACGAAUAUUUUUCGGCCAGCUACGUACCACCGAGUUUGAGCAUUUGAUGGAAAGGUCAUGGUAUGCCAUAACAGAGACAUGCCUAGCAUUCACAGUGUUUAGAGAUGAUUUUAAUCCAAAGUUUGUGGCACUUUUUACUCUGCUACUAUUCUUGAAGUCCUUUCAUUGGUUGGCAGAAGACAGGGUCGACUAUAUGGAAAGAAGUCCUGUGAUAAGUUGGCUAUUCCACACCAGGGUCCUCAGCUUACUCCUUCUGUUAGGUGCCUUAGAUCUUCACUUUGUCCAACACGCCUACCUGUCCACCGUUGCCAAGGGCGCUUCAGUUCAGCUUGUAUUCGGAUUUGAAUAUGCUGUGCUACUGACAGUUGUGAUCAAUAUUAUCAUCAAGUAUGCUUUGCAUUCCGUUGAUCUGAACAGUGAGACCCCAUGGGAUAACAAGGCAGUAUUCUUGUUGUAUACGGAAUUGGUUAUGGGACUGAUCAAGGUGAUCCUGUAUGUAGCCUUCGUAGCCAUAAUGGUCCGAAUCUACACUCUACCGCUGUUCGCCUUCCGACCAAUGUACUACACGAUCCGAAACUUCAAAAACGCCUUCAGCGACGUGAUCCUCUCUCGUCGCGCCAUCCACAACAUGAACACCCUGUAUCCUGACGCCACGCCCGAGGAACUGGCGGCCGCGGACAAUGUGUGCAUCAUCUGCAGAGAGGAGAUGCUGACCGCCUCGAAAAAGUUGCCUUGCAAUCAUAUCUUCCACACGUCCUGUCUGAGAAGCUGGUUCCAGAGGCAGCAGACCUGUCCGACUUGCAGGCUGAACAUACUCAGAAAUCCCACCAAUAAUAACAACACCAGACCUGCCCCAGCAGCUGCUGCACCUCCGGCAGCGGCUGAUCGUGGCGGAGCCCCAGCUCCAAAUCCGUUUGCGAAUCCAUUCUUUGGAGCUGGACCUGCACAUCCAUUCCAUAUGUUCCAGAACCUGCCAGCAGCCGCCGCGGCUGGCGUCCCGCCUCAGCAGGUCCCGGACGCCGCCCAACAACCUCCCCGCCCCGCGCAGUCUGGCCCCGCCUCCUCGUCUUCGGCCACGCCCACCGCAAGCUCCGCCCCCGGCUCGUCGACGUUCGCGUUUCCACCGCCGCCUCCGUUUUCGUUUAUGCCGUUCAUGCCGCCCCCACCGCCACCUAUGCCUCCGCAGCAUUUGGCGAGGUUGAAUGCCGAGGAAUUGAGGAGGAUGGAAGGCAACGAAAGGGAGAACGUCGAGGCGAGGAUACAGUGUCUCAGGAAUAUACAGAUGCUCUUGGAUGCGGCUGUGAUGAUGAUGCAACAGUACAGUUCGACGGUGGUGAUGUCCCAGCAGAUGGCGCAACCGUCGACGUCCAAUCUCGCCAAUCCGAGCACGAGCAACAGCGGAAUUUGGGAUAAUUCGCAUUCGACUGCGGAGUCGCCUAAAAUCGCCAAAGUGGCACCUACGACUAGUUCCUCCCCACUACCUACACAGUCCAAUACUCUGGAUGAGACGGAGUUGAGUAAACCGAGCUCUAGCAGCGAACCGAAUCCAUCGAAAGAAACGACAAUGACGCAAGAACCCGCGAGUUCUAGUCCGUCUCCGGAAGAAGAGAUACGAAGAAGAAGAUUGCAAAAAUUCCAACACCAACAGCUGCCUGAAAUCGACCAACAGGAUUAAAUAGUAUUCGUUAUUUUUAAAAGUUUAUUAAGAUGAUCGCGAUGUUGUACUGGGUCUGUUUCAGAGUUCCGUCGUUGGUUUCGAUUGCUAGCUCUGCGAAAGCGAUCUGCACACGUUCGCGAAGCCUCGGUAGCAUUUCGAAGACGCUCACCAGGAACUAAAAUCAUGUCCACAAGUUCGAAAAUGCAGUACGAGUGUGCCGUUUUGGUAAAUAUGUUUUGUUUUCAAGACCUAUACGUCGUGUAAAGGAAAGUCAGAACGGCGGACACCCUGUAUAUGCAGAUUUUUUAUUUGUUUAUUCCGAUCAAGAGGACCAUUUCUAAAGUAGGCAACUCGUACGUACGCAAAGUUGUAAUACAUAUACUCGUACUUUGCAGGAAAUUUUCAUUCGACUUCGUUCUUGUGUUUUUCUUCAGUAAAUUGAUAUUGACAAGUACGCUUAUUGGUCUUCCGAUAAUCAAGCAGCUCUGAAGGCAUGUUCAUAUUUAGUCCAUAAAUGCAUCACCGCCCUUCAGAGCUUAGCUCGAUCUAAAAAACUGCUACUCGUCAUAAAGCCUUUCGGAAGAAUGAACGAGACAUGAACAACGCGUAUAUUAUUUCAGGGAGCCUUUUUUCGACAAAGAACCACGCAAUUUUCUUAUGGAAAUCGGACUUCCCUUAAAUUGGCCCAAUUUAUGAUAUGUUGCAUAUCUCACUGUCCUGACAAAUGUCUCAAUGGGCACAACCUCCUAAACGCUAAGGGCUGUGAGAUAAAAAUGGUUGAAGUUGAAUUAUCUUAGAUUAUAAAAUACACUGCACAUUCACCAUUUAUUUAGACCAAGUACACGGUCGACCUGAUAUGAUGGGGAACUGGAAAAAGUUACAAAAACGAGGUUUAGACGUAACUUUACAUCAUCAUUUUUUAUGGCACAAAACGUCCAAAAUAACCUAUUACCUGACACUGCGAUAAUGAUAAAUGAUAAUAGCCACAUCACUUAUAUCAAUAUAAUAUAUUCCAACUACAGGUAGUAGGUUAUUUUGGACGUUUUGUGUCAUAUAAAUUGACGUAAAGUUACUUCUAAACCUCAUUUUUCGAAUCCCUUUGGUCGAUGGUGUAUUACCUCAAAAAAAUGGUGAAUGUGCCAAGCAAAGAUAAUUCCGCAAAAAUGGAGAAUGUGCUUGUGUACUUUAGAAUCUAAGAUAAUUUAACUUCAAACGUUUUUGUCUCACAAUCCUCAGGGUUUAGGAGAUUGAGCCUAUUGAGACAUUUGUUCAGGACGUUGAGAUAUGCUACAUGUCAGAAAGUCAACCGAUUUAACAGAAGUACGAUUUCCAUAAGAAAAUUGCGUGGUUCUUUCGCGAUAUCUGGGAAACAUAGCUACGAGGGUUGUCUCAUAAAAAAGAUUCCUACAUUUUUUUCAGGCACAAGGAAUUUUUUCAUAAUUUGUCGGCAUCCAAGUGAUGAAAAACAACGUAGAAAUUAUCCAAUUUUAUUAUUAAAAGCGAAAAUAAAAACAGACAAGUUUCAAAAUCGUUUUAAAACAAACUAAUCUCAAAAUACCAUUUUGCGGUCUCUUAGAGGAAGGUUUUAACUUCAAUUUAGACACUUGGCGACCUAAAACAUUUAAAAUUUUAACCGACUUUUUAAGCAUUGAAUAUAUCCAUUUUUAGGAGUUUUCACACAUUAAAUCGCGUAUAAGUCGAAAAGUCAAUUUUAGAGAAAUGUUAAUGGAUGCCUUUUCCAUUCAGUAUGGAUGAUGAUCAAUCUGACAACGUCGCGCUGCUCCUAAAUCACAAAAAAUGUUUUUUUUACCGUUUUCGAGUUAUAAGCGAUUUAGGACCGUAUCAUCAGUCGUUCCUCGUAGGACACCUUUGUGGCCUCCUUGAUUUUCAUAGUUUUUCCUGUCUUUUAGAAAGGCAGGGGUAUUUCUAGAUAGAUGUUGUGUCAGCGCUCUAUUUUGAGGUUAUAAAACUGGAUUUUUAUCAUCAGCCCGAAAUUUGUUAAGAUUUAAAAAGAAAACAUAACCUCACAAUUAGAGAGCGCUGACGCAGACUCGGAACAGUAGAAAUCUAAAAAUACCCCAGCCUUUUUGAAGGAGAGGAAAGACUAUGAAAAUCAAGCACUCCAUACAGUCGUCCUACAAUGAUACAUCCCUUAAUGUCUGCAAAAUGAGUAUAUUCAAAAUGCUUAAAAACUUAUAAUUUUUGCCAAGUAUCUAAAUUAAAACUAAAAGCUUGCCUACAAGAUAUCGAAAAGUAUUUUAAAGUUAGUUUAUUUUGAAGCGAUUUUUAAGCUAGCUUGUUAGGCCAAAAUUAAUUUUCGCAAACUUUUCAAUCAAAUUUUUAUCUUUGUGAUUGUGAUAUAAUGUUAAGAAACGAACUCUGAAACACGCUCGGUAAAACAUUCCUAUAUUUGUUUGCUGCCCGUGGAAAGACUGCUUGGUCCAAUGCUGGCUGAAAUGUAUGUAUAUAUGUAUGUCGUUAUUUAUGCAUUUGUUGUACUAUACAUAUUUGGUAUGUAUUAUAAAAACCAUCUUUGUGUAAGAAAUUUAUUAUUGGAAAAUUCGAUAAGCAAGGCAGUAGCAAUACUUUUUGUCCCUGAGGAAUCUAUAGUUUUGAACUUGAACAUUAACAGACUACUUGCAUAAAAAGUAAACAUUCCAUUAGAAUUUGCUUGAUUUUCAAUAAUCACAUAAAGAUGUAUAGUCACCCUUGAUUAGUUUUAAACAUACACCUUAUAUGCACAUAACUACGACUGUAAUUUUUUCAUAAAUGUGAAUACCUGUGGCUGUUGAAACUAUUUUUAUCAGUUUACUUGUAGCUAGUGUAUAACACUUAAAACUUAGUUAAUUUUUACUCACAAUUCCUAUCCUUCGAUUUAUUCCUGCAAUAUAACCGUAGCUUUAAAAUAUAUUUCGUAAGUUUAUGUAUAGAUUAUUUCCAUAUUAUUGAGUGAUAAUACAUUUUUCGGUUUGA